UUUGCUAGGUUAGUUAUUUAAAUGAAAGGAACGUUGAAAAUUUCGACGGAGAAUUAAAAUUAUUUUCCGGGCGUACAUAGAUUAAUAAUUUCGAAAUGUUCACGGAAGUGAGCGAAAGUGCGGGAAACACAUCGACAAAACUGCCGAAUAUUCACGACUUUUACAUAAUUAAACCGAUAAGCAGGGGUGCGUUUGGAAAAGUGUUUCUCGGCGCUAAAAAGACGAAUAUGGAUGUGAUGUAUGCUAUCAAAGUGAUGAAAAAGACUGAGAUGAUUAACAAAAAUAUGGUAGGUCAAGUGGUGAACGAACGUAACGCCUUAGCUCUCACCAAAAGUCCAUUUUGCGUGCACCUCUAUUAUUCGCUUCAAACGUCAUCGUCGAUAUAUUUAGUUAUGGAAUAUAUGGUUGGAGGGGACCUUAAAUCGCUUUUGAGCGUCUACGGUUUCUUCGACGAAUCUAUGGCGUCGUUUUACGUGGCCGAAGUGUGUUUGGCUUUGCAAUACUUGCACCGCCAUAACAUCAUCCACCGCGACAUUAAACCAGACAAUAUGCUGCUGUCCAAAGAGGGUCACGUGAAACUUACCGAUUUUGGCUUAUCGAAGGUGCACAUAUCGCGUGACUUGGAAAUUGCCGACUUUGAUAAUUCGACCCCCAACCUUUGCACCCGCACUCCUGGACAACUUUUGAGUCUCACCUCGCAUUUUAGUUUCGGCUCGGGCAAUUCCAAAUAUCCCCGCGUUAGCAACAAUAAUGAUCACAGUGAGUUUCUUCCAGACUCGUUUUCUAGCGAGAUGGACAGUUCCGUUUUACAUUUGAACCACACUUCCACGUUGGGCAAACACACAACAUUGGAAUUGAACUCCUCGAUAGAAGUUAGCAAAAAAUGCUUGCCGAAUGUAUCUGGUGUAAUGUUCCUAACUGCUCAGAACGAGAGCAGCACCUACUAUACGGCUACCUCGAGCUUGCAUCUCGACGACAAUGGUGCCGAUAACGCGAACGUAUCUUCUCCGUUAAGUCGUAAAAUACCCAGCCGAUUGGGCCUUUAUUACAAAGGCCGCGAUGAAAGGAAGAGAAAAUGUAGAUCCCCAUCACCGAAUCGCUCUACCAAGACUUAUGUGAAAACGGGUCUCACCGGCGAAAUGGAAAUAUUGCGGAUCGAUUCUGUCAGUCCACCGAAAGGCGUCACGUUUUCCACGCCCGUUUCGAUUAACAAAAACGCCAAAGUAAAAUCCACAAGGUUUGACUUGGUAAAUGAAGACAAGGGUUUGGAAAUGGAAAAUCCUUGCAACGUCGUGAGCCCUAUCGAAUCGGAUUUCAUGACUCCAAAAACCCUGCACACCCCUUACAGAACCCCUAAGUCUGUUAAGCGGGGUCAGUGGAGUUCGGACCAGAGGAUUCUGGGCACCCCCGAUUAUCUGGCCCCUGAAUUACUGUUGCGCAAAGGUCAUAAUCACGCGGUCGAUUGGUGGGCACUGGGGGUAUGUUUCUACGAAUUCGUCACCGGUAUACCGCCGUUCAACGACGAAACGCCGCAACAAGUGUUCAAAAACAUUUUGGAACGCAAUAUCGAGUGGCCCACCCAAGAUGAGGCUUUGUCGGAUUCCGUGGUCGACGCUAUAGAAAGGCUGCUUACUCAUGAUGCGGAUAAAAGACCCACGGCUACAGAAGUAAUGGAAAUGGACGCGUUCAAGCAUAUAGAGUGGGAGAAUUUGUUGUUCAUUACACCGCCAUUUGUGCCCGACCCUGGUGACGUUACCGACACGGCCUACUUUCAAGCCAGGAACGAGCUGUUGAACUUUAAUUUAUCCAGUUUCGAGAUGUGAACCACAUUCGAAACGAGUCGCUGAAUUGGCUGUGCAUCAAACCGAUAUUUGAUUUCGUAAAUGUUAGAAUAAGGCUUAAUUUUAAGGUACCGUUUUUGUUAUUCAUAUAGGAAU